UUGUUGUCACAUUUGACUGAGAAUCAUACAAACUGUGAAUAUAUUUUAGAAAAAAUGGCAAUUUUUGGAACAUAUUUUGCGCUGAUGAUCGCUGCCUGGGGAAUGCAGUUAUGUCCUCGUUUCUAUUUUACAAUGGGUGAAAAUGCCCUGAAAUUCGAGAUAUCCAGCAUAUCGUCGGCGUUUAUAGAGGCCAACCUGUAUACUCUAUUCACGAUACUUAUUCUGCAGCUGCCCUCAAAGAUAUUUGAAAACCGAAGGCAAUGGAACUUCAAAUGGGUCUUUGUGAUGCCGUACAUUAUGCACUAUGUGAGCUGUUUUUGGAGCUCUACGCAAAAUGAAUGACCCUGAUUUGUGGACUCCAGCUGCUGGCAAUGGUGGAAAUCGUUUUUAUUUUAUUUUAUAGCCUGAAAAAAGGGACUGAUUGCGAACCGAAAGACGGGGAUCGUCAAGAUGCGAAGAAAAACCCAGGA